AUGGCAUUCUAUGUAGAUGACACUGAGACUGUGAUUGAAGACUUUGGGACCACACCCUAUGAAUAUGAGUGGGCACCACCCUGUGAAAAAGUCAGCAUCAAGGAGCUAGGGGCCCAGCUCUUGCCUCCACUGUAUUCCCUGGUGUUCAUUAUUGGUCUCCUGGGCAAUGUGAUGGUUGUGGUGAUCCUUACAAAGUAUAGGAGGCUCCAAAUUAUGACCAACAUCUACCUGCUCAACUUGGCCAUUUCUGACCUGCUGUUUCUCCUCACUAUUCCAUUCUGGAUUAAUUAUGUUGGGUGGAAUGAGUGGAUCUUUGGCCAUUACUUGUGUAAGCUCCUCUCUGGGUUUUAUUAUCUGGGCUUGUACAGUGAGAUCUUUUUUAUCAUCCUGCUGACUAUUGACAGGUAUCUGGCUAUUGUCCAUGCAGUGUUUGCCCUUCGAGCUCGGACUGUGACUUUUGCUGUCAUCACCAGCAUCAUCACUUGGGGCCUGGCAGGGCUGGCAGCCUUCCCUGAAUUUAUCUUCUACGAGUCCCAGAAGGACUUUGGAACAUUUGACUGCAGUCCUCUUUACCCAGAGGGUGAAGAAGACAGCUGGAAACGUUUCCAUGCUCUGAGAAUGAAUAUUUUUGGUCUUGCUCUCCCUCUCCUCAUCAUGAUUUUUUGCUACUCAGGAAUUAUUAAAACUUUGCUGAGAUGCCCCAAUAGAAAAAAACACAAGGCCAUCCAGCUUAUUUUUGUCAUCAUGGUGGUCUUUUUCAUUUUCUGGACCCCAUACAACAUCACUCUCCUACUUUAUGCUUUUUAUACUAUGUUCUUGGAGACAAGCUGUGAGCACAGCAAACAUUUGGACCUAGCCAUGCAGGUGACUGAGGUGAUUGCUCACACCCACUGUUGUGUCAACCCAGUCAUCUAUGCCUUUGUUGGAGAGAGGUUCCAGAAACAUCUGCGACUCUUUUUCCACAGGCAUGUGGUCAUCUACCUGGGCAGAUACAUUCCAUUCCUUCCUGGUGAUAAAGUAGAGAGAACCAGCUCUGUCUCCCCAUCUACAGGGGAACAGGAAAUCUCUGUGGCAUUUUAG